AUGUUGACUCUCAACCUCAUACAUAUCUCCGUGGUGCCUCACUCCAGCAAGAUGCUGCAGAGCAAGGUCCACCGCAAGACCCUGUGCCCGGAGUUCAAGGAGAGCUUCGUCUUCGAGAUCCCCGAGCCGGACAUCCACCGCCAGACGGCCCGCAUCCAGCUCUUCGACUUUGACCAGUUCUCCAGGGACGAGUGCAUCGGCACGGCCGUGCUGGCCCUGACCAACGUGGACCUGACGGAGAAGGUGGAGGUGUGGAAGGAGAUCAGCGUGGCGGUGGCUCACAGACAGCAAAGUGACGAGGCUCCGGAGUUGGGCGACAUCAUGUUCUCCCUUGCCUACCUACCGAGUGCCGAGCGGCUGACCGUGGUUAUCCUCAAAGCUAGGAACCUCCGAGCCAUCAAACUACUUGAAGAUAGGAAAACGUCAGAUCCGUACAUCAAAGUGUCGAUAUUUUGCUCCACCAAGCGAAUGAAGAAGAAGAAGACGUCGACGAAACACAACACCGUCCACCCAGUGUUCAACGAGGCGUUAGUCUUCAACGUGAUGCAGGAGUCACUCCGGCAUCUCACACUAGAGUUCCAGGUCAUACACGAGAACAGAAUAGGCCAGAACGAGGUUGUUGGACGAGCGGUCUUGGGCCCCGACUCCCAUGGCGAGGAGCUAGCGCAUUGGAACGACAUGAUCUCUUCCAGCAAACCCGUGGCCCGGUGGCACAGACUGGUCACAUAACGGCGGCCAUCUUUAUUUAUUCGCUCAAGGGAAAGUUUUUCUGAAAAAAGAAGAAUGUAACAAUUUAUCUAUUUUGUAUAAAAAGUGUACUUGAAUUAUUAUGACCCUUCAGUAUUGGUUCAGGAGUCGGGUGCCUUGUGGCAAGAAUCACGCAUUUUGCAUGGAAUGACAAAAGGUGCAAGACCGGGGCAGGACUGUGAAAGAAGACGCUCAGUCAGAGAGUAGUCAUUUUCAACGCUAUGUAUCUCUCGUGCGGUAAAUCUGAGGGACUUCCUAAACAACAAGUUGCGUGCUUAGUGUAAAACAGCCGAAUACCAGAAACAAACAGUAUACACUUCAAAUGACAGUUUCGCUGGUAACUCUUUAUUGUGCUAAGCGACUUUGUGACCUUACGAGCUCCGUGGACUUGACCCCAGGGUUUUAAACUUUGUCUGCACAAAAUGAACGACACAAUUGAAUAAAGGUUGGGUGUUGUUAGCAAAGGCAGUGUAACGGCACAAGAGUGGAAUAGUAACUGUAAUGACAAUGAUAACAGUUCUUAGGUGCGGUUAAUCUGAAAUAUUUCAAAGGCGCCUUUCUAGAUGACGCAAAGGAAGAUUAUCACGUGGUGGGGAAAAAAGAGAGUGCAAAUAUAUAUUUUUUAAAUGCUGCAGUUAGGAAGAGAUGAGAAAGAGAAAUAUUUAGAUUGAGAUCGACAUUUCUAAAGAUUUAAGAGACGAAUCGUCAAACGAUUGGUUGGGAUUGUUCACAUAUUCCGUGUGUAUACAGUUUGAUCGUGUUUUUGAUGUCAUUUUGUUCUCCCGAUUCGUCGUUUGGCAGAGAUCGUGAUUUCACGAAGGACACGACAAUGAACGUGAAUCUUGCCCCCGAUGUGGGAACUGAGGUUUUGUACCGGCACCACUUUUGCACCUGUUUGUAUGAUUGUAUUGGAAAAACUCCUGAUAAAUAAUAGUUUACUAAUUGUUUUGGUGUCAUUUGUUUAAUAGAAAAGCUCACGAAACAUCAUUAGACAUGAAAUGGCCCAUUCGUGCAGGAAAUGAACUAUCGUGAACUGAAGAAAACUUUCGAACGCCAAAAAGUAAAAGGAAUAUCAUGUAGUUACAAAGUCGCUCACUCCGUGCUCUUCAAAACAAAUUGAUUUUUUUUUCCAUAACGAAUUCUCAAUUUGUGUGUUUUGUUUUAACGAAGAAAAAAUUACACUAGAGCGUCUGCAACUCUUAAAAAGGGCUUUUUGGCUCAAAUGAACCCGCCCUGCGAGAGCCGAAUUAUUGUCCGUCAGCUUCGUUUCGAAUUUUGUGCCCCCCCCC